GCAUGUUACCAAGACAUAAGUUUUGUGUAGGCCUAGUCUACAUAUCGAGCAUGCGAGCAAUCAUUGAGUGAAAAGACCGCGGUUGAUGAUCGAAUGGUUAAUUUUAAACCGGAUUUCAGGAAUCCAUUCCACUUUUCGCUUGUAUUUCAACUACUCGCAGACAAAUAAGGUUGAUGCAGUUUUACCUGUUUAUUUAUAAUUUUAUUUAUUCCGGGAAAAGUGUUGCAUGUUGUCGACUCCAUGGAUUUUCCGAUAGCUCGUGAAGCGAAUUCUCAUGGGAUAGUCUAGGGUUUGGUGGCAGUUUCUUGAGCUUCGCAGGUGGAGAGGCUUGGCAAGAUGAUAGCCAUAGCCAGAUUUCGACCCGUUACUGUAGUCUCUGGGAAUCCAUUCGUUACUGAACAUCCCCGUUCCAUCGUAGGUUGGAACUCAGUUGCAGAGCCUAGGCGCUUAAAUUCACAGGUUCAAGUUGCCGCAGCAGCUGGCGAGAGAGGCCGUCGAAGAGUGUACAGACAAGCGUAUAGGUGGGACGACGAGGAGAUAGAGGCGGGUUCACAGGUCACCUUUGCCGAAGGGGUGACGCUUUUCAACGCGGGGGAUUAUUACGAGUGUCAUGAUGUUCUGGAAGGUUUGUGGAACAAUGCGCCGGAGCCACAGAGGAGCAUCUUGCACGGAAUUCUGCAGUGUGCGGUGGGAUUGUACCAUCUUUUGAACCAGAAUCACAGAGGGGCAAUGGUGGAGUUGGGGGAAGGCCUAGCAAAGCUAAGAAGAGCGAACUUCGAAGCGGGUCCCCUGCACGAAUUCGAGCGAGAAGCAUCGGCAGUUCUGGAGUUCAUCUACAAUGCUCAACUUGAAUACGCUGCCUGCGUGGAGAGUGUGUGCACAACGAUGGAUGGGUCGGAGCAGUCUUACCAGCUGCUCGGCAACUUCGGUGCCGGGGAGCCAUUGUACAAGCUGAGUCCCCGCGGCGACGAGCUACACCUGGAGUACCUGCCGUCCCGCCCCGACGUCUCCACCCUGGAUCCAGAGCUUGUGCUGCCACCGCCAUUGACGGUGAAACUGCCAGUGCUUCGAGCCUCGGAGGACGAUCUGUACAGCGCCAACUGACUCUUGUGGGGCUCCGUUUCUUCAUUCAUCCAUGUCAUCACCAUCAUCAUCCACGUCUCAUUCUUCAUCCCAUGGAUGAAUGGGUGGAUGGAAUUUGAACCCCAUACGAGGCGGUGAUUUUUGUUUCGUAUCGUUGCUCAUUUGGCUCUGCACUGUUCUCAUUUGUACACUACGUGUACACUAUUUGUUUGCACUAUCGUGUACCUCUCUAUUGAGGAGAUGUGAAUUAAGUGUACGUUGAUUCUCAUUUUAAAAAAAUAAAAAUUGUUAGAGUAAGAAUGUGUGGUGAA